AUGAUGAGAAAUCGCAUCAUCGUCUCCGAGAAACCGUUAUUCAUCACCAUUGUCAUCGCCGUCAUAAUCACCGGCGGACUUACCAUCUCCAGCCUCCGCAGUACCGGUGGAGCAAACCCCACAUCCAUCCUCUGCACAUUCGUUAACUCCCAAUCCCAAACCCAACUCAAAGACCCCACCACCACCCAUUUCUCCGCCAUCAUGUACUACGCCACCGCCCGCGGCGUCGCUGCCCAACAAACCCUCCCGGAGAUCAGAACGGUUUUCGACGUCCUGCAAACCCUCGCUCCCUGCAACCUCCUGGUCUUCGGAAUCGGCCACGAAUCCCUCAUGUGGUCCGCCUUCAAUACACGUGGCACAACCUUAUUCCUAGAAGACGAUAUUAAAUGGGUCCAAAAAACCCUAAGCAACGCGCCCGCCCUUCGCGUGCAUCACAUCGCGUACGAAACUCAGUUAUCGGAGGCCGAAUCGCUUCUGGAGUCGUAUAAAACCACCCCAAAAUGUCUACCGCCGCAGGUGGACCUAAAAGGAAACACGGAGUGCAAGUUAGCACUGAGUAAGUUGCCGGAGGAGGUUUACCGGCGGGAAUGGGAUGCGAUAAUAAUUGAUGGACCGAGGGGUUAUUACCAGGAGGCGCCAGGAAGAAUGGCGGUGAUAUUCUCGGUGGCGGUGAUGGCUCGCCGGAGACAAGGUGCCGGCGAUACACAUGUGUUGGUUCAUGAUGUGAAUCGGAAGGUAGAGCAGGAGUAUGCAGAAGAAUUCUUGUGCAAGAAUAAUUUGGCGAAGGCGGAGAACAGGCUUUGGCAUUUUAAAAUACCGCCGGCGGCGAAAGAUAGCCCCACCUUUUGCUAG